AUAUCACCUGCCGUCAGAAACGAGCUAAUUUCAAUAUUUUUUCAGAGAUUUUUUUUUCAUGCAAUAUUUUCGGUCGAAUCGAAGUCUGUUUUAGAAAUUUUUUUGUGAUAUCAAGUGAAGUUAAUUUUAUCAGUUUGGCGAAAUGGAUGACGAUGAGCUUAACUUAACUUCAGGCAAACCUGCAGAUUUUUCUUUCAAGCACAUGAAAUCCAUACAAGUGGCCAAGUUUUUAGAAAAUGUCGGCCUACAGGGUGUACGAUACACCAGGGUAAAAGGGGUUCCUGAAAAGGGGCCGAACAAAAAGUUUCUGACGAAAUCCAUCUGGAUGAACAACAACAAGCUGAAAAAUUUCAAACACAUGGACGAACUCGUAAGAGUUGUAUUGGAAUAUCCCGAUCAGCUCGGAUGGAUAGAUUUUUCUUUCAAUGAAAUCACGGAAAUAGACGAGUGCAUUCUUGGAUUUUCCCAAUUGAAAAUUCUAUACUUCCACGGAAACUGUAUCUCUAAUUUGGACGAAGUGGCAAAAUUGCGACCCUUGAAGCAACUGAAAAGUAUCACUUUCCACGGAAACCCCAUAGCAAAUCAUCCUAGGUACCGUAGUUACGUAGUAUCCAUACUGCCACAGCUUGCUAAUUUGGACUUCACACCGGUCGUCAGAAACGAAAAAUCCUACCCUGCCCCACCAGAGGCUGUUAAAAAGUUGAAGGAAAUGGGAAAGCAAAUUUCGAAAAAAAAUGCGAAGGAAAUGCCACAAUGAAAUGAACAAACUAAUUGUUAAUGUGUAAACUGUAUAUUUCUCCAGAUUCUUGUAUAAUUGCAAAUUGAUUAGUGAUUUUAUGAUUUGAGAUUAAUUAUUUUGGAUUCCAAUGUGGCUGCUGUGAACCCCAGCACCCAGCACUCCCAGCAGUUUACUUAUUACUUUGCUGAUUCAAAGACUAACCUACUAUUCUUUGGCUGAUUAGACUGGCCAUUGACAUCAGUGGCAGAAGAUCUAUUAAAUUGAAACCCUGAUUCUAAUAAAAGAAGGAGAGUUUGUUGUGCCCAACACCGGAC